AUGCAGCGGGCAGCGGGGCUGGUUCGGCGGGGCCGCUGUCUCCAGGCUGCGGGCCCCUGGAGCCGAAGUCAGAGCAGCGUGGCCGCUGAGGCCUCGGCUGUGCUCAAGGUGCGGCCCGAGAGGAGCCCGCGCGAGCGCAUCCUCACGCUCGAGUCCAUGAACCCUCAGGUGAAGGCUGUGGAGUACGCGGUGCGGGGACCCAUCGUGCUCAAGGCCGGGGAGAUCGAGCUGGAAUUGCAGCGGGGUAUUAAAAAACCGUUCACUGAGGUCAUCCGUGCCAACAUCGGGGACGCCCAUGCCAUGGGCCAGCAACCAAUUACCUUCCUCCGUCAGGUGAUGGCACUGUGCACCUACCCUGACCUGCUGGACAGUCCCAGCUUCCCAGAAGACGCUAAGAAACGUGCCCGGAGGAUCCUACAGGCGUGUGGUGGUAACAGCCUGGGGGCUUACAGCGCUAGCCAGGGCGUCAGCUGCAUCCGGGAAGACGUGGCUGCUUAUAUCACCAGGAGAGAUGGUGGCGUGCCCGCAGACCCAGACAACAUUUACCUGACCACUGGGGCUAGCGAUGGUAUUUCGACAAUCCUGAAGAUCCUUGUCUCCGGGGGUGGCAAGUCCCGGACAGGUGUGAUGAUUCCCAUCCCGCAGUAUCCCCUCUACUCGGCCGUCAUUUCCGAGCUUGAUGCCAUCCAGGUGAACUAUUACCUGGACGAGGACAACUGCUGGGCUCUGAACGUGAACGAGCUCCGGCGUGCUGUGCGGGAGGCCAAAAACCACUGCGACCCCAAGGUGCUCUGCAUCAUCAACCCGGGAAACCCCACAGGUCAGGUGCAAAGCAGGAAGUGCAUCGAAGACGUGAUCCACUUUGCUUGGGAAGAGAAGCUCUUUCUCAUGGCUGAUGAGGUGUACCAGGACAAUGUGUAUUCUCCGGACUGCAGGUUCCACUCCUUCAAGAAGGUGCUUUACGAGAUGGGGCCUGAGUAUUCCAACAAUGUGGAGCUGGCCUCGUUCCACUCCACCUCCAAGGGCUAUAUGGGCGAGUGUGGCUACAGGGGAGGCUACAUGGAGGUGAUCAACCUGCACCCUGAGAUCAAGGGCCAGCUGGUAAAGCUGCUCUCGGUGCGCCUGUGCCCACCAGUGUCAGGGCAGGCCGCCAUGGACAUCCUUGUGAAGCCCCCAGUGCCGGGAGAGGAAUCCUUCCAGCAGUUCAGCAGAGAGAAGGAGUCCGUCCUGGGUAAUCUGGCCAAAAAAGCGAAGCUGACAGAAGACCUGUUUAACCAAGUCCCAGGAAUUCACUGCAACCCUUUGCAAGGAGCCAUGUAUGCCUUUCCUCGGAUCUUCAUCCCGGACAAAGCCGUCGAGGCAGCUCAGGUCCACAAGAUGGCCCCAGACAUGUUCUACUGCAUGAAGCUGCUGGAGGAGACUGGCAUCUGUGUCGUGCCUGGCAGCGGCUUUGGGCAAAGAGAAGGCACUUACCACUUUAGAAUGACCAUUCUGCCUCCAGUGGAGAAGCUGAAGACAGUUUUACAGAAGGUGAAAGACUUUCACAUGAAGUUUCUGGAGAAGUACGCAUGA